GUCACUUCAACCAUCAUGGUCACUUCUGCUUUUUGAAGUGGUCUUGGUGGUAGGAGUCUGGAUGUGCAGUAUUUCAGCUUGAACCCCCCUCUCUUAAGUCAACAACAUUUGAGCUUCAAGGAAAAAAGUGGAAGGUGUAAUAUCCUAUUUGAACAUCUGAUACAAGUAGGUGACAGUUGACCAAAAUUAAGGCCCUUUAUACCUUGCAGAGAAUUGCCAAUUUUAUGUUUAGAAUUAUGUAACUUAAAAUCUAUUACAUCUUCAGCCUUAUUUUAUUCUACAAUGUUUUCAUAUGCCCUUUUUAGAAAUGAGAUUGCAAAAUCUUAAUGGAGAAAAUUCUAUCUUUGCAUAUGCAAAAUAUAAAGUGUGUAUCUCAGAACACCAAUUAGAUGUCAAUGUGUGUGGGAUCAGAUGGAAUAAUUUAGCAUUUUGAACAAACAACCUGUCAAAUCCUUUUCAGAGAAUAAGCCGUACUUUACAGGGCAGAUGCAAUAUUUUUCUGAUUAUUUUAUGUUGCAAUCGUAGUAUUUUUCUGGCACUCUGAAAUGACCCAUAUUGAUGAGCUGAGUCACAUUCCGGUUUUAUUCUGCAUGAUUUUCUUUGGCAAUACAUGAAGCUUGAUUAAGAAAUCAUAUGUAUUUUUGGUUUUCUGUUGUUAAGCAUCUUCUGAUAGCACCCUUUCAUCUACCCCCAGAUUCCCUGAUCAGGAAGUAAGGCGUACUGCAGUGCAGUGGAUUGAUUCAAUAUCUGACAAUGAGCUCCUGGAUUACCUGCCACAGCUUGUACAGGUGAAUAAAGCAAAUGCAACAAUUGAUAUUAUCCUCGACGAGGAGUGUCCAAAGGGAAAGACUAUCCCUAGUCCUAUUUUAUUUUAUACACUGUUCUAAAAUAAAGCUGCAAAUGAACCUGGAAUUUAUCUUGCUAAUAAAUUGUGACAUGCUUGGUCACUAUAAUGCUAUUUUUUUGAGUCGGUUAUAAUGGCUUUUUGUGUGUAAUUUUUUUAUAGUGUUAUAGCAUUUUCCUUUUACCUUCUCUUUUGUAUCUUUCCUUUCUUUAGGCUCUGAAGUAUGAGUGUUACCUGGAUAGCCCACUUGUCCGGUUCCUGCUGAAACGAGCAAUCUGUGACCUGAGAAUCACACAUUAUUUCUUCUGGUAAGUGGAAAAUAAAAGCUAUGUCAUUGAGCAAAAAUGCUCAUAAAUAAUAACAAAUUGAGCAGGACAGACAUAGAUUAUUUCAAGUGAACCAAUUAUCAAUAAAUUAUGUUGACAAGGACCUAGAAUUUCAAAUGUUAGGCUUUAAAAGUUACUUGCCACCACAGGCCUGUAAAAUCUAUGGCACACUAACCAGGGGUGAAUUUCUAAUAGUCAGGCCAGAAUUUUCAUUGCCAGUGGCUAGUAACAAAUGGAUAUUAUAAGCCUAGAUGUUGAAAACAAGCUUUUCUUUAUAGCAUGGAUAUGCAUACAACACAUUGUGUCGGCAUAGUUGCCAAUAAAUGUAUAGCUUUAAAUAUAUAUUUACGUGAAGAUUAAUGCCUUUCUGCUGUAAGUUGGCAUUUUGGAUUGGUUAUGAGCACAUGUAAAUUCUGCCACUGUACUCCCAUGUUACAUUAAGGCAUGCCACAAUUCUUCACAUUCAAAUGCACACAAAGAUUUGUGGGAUGCCAGAGCAUCCCUUAUGUAGUAUACUAAAGUCUGAGACUACAAAUAUGCAAAGCUGCUUCUGUCCUCAGAAUUUUCACUUACAAAUUUGCUAGCAACCUACUACCCUACCCUCACCUUUUGUGUCACUUUACCCCACUCCCUCUAGCAUGCAAGCUCAUUGAGCAGGGCCCUCAAUCCCUCUGUUCCUGUGCGUCAAACUUGUCUGGUUACAAAAACGUGUCUGUUAUUCCACCCAUUGUACAGAGCUAUGGAACUUGUUGGUGCUUUAUAAAUAAUAAUAAUAAUAAAAAAAAAGUACUGUAUAUACUAUUCUAAGACAUGUUUAUUAUGACUGGGGCACUUAAGAGAUAAGAGGCAACAAGCACAGCCACAUAACACUACACUUCCCUAAAAUUCAUGAUGGCUCAAGUAUAGUUUCUUGCAGUUAUCAUUCAUUGUAUGUCUCCAUUUUACGAUAAUGACCCUGUUCAUCUCCUGUGUACAGGCUACUCAAGGACUGCUUAAAAGACUCCCAGUUCAGUAUUCGCUAUCAAUACCUACUGGCUGCUCUUCUUUGCUGCUGUGGGAAAGGUCUUCGAGAGGAGUUUGACCGGCAGUGCUGGCUAGUAAAUACCUUGGCUAAACUGGCUAAAAAGGUCAGAGAAAGUGCUCCAUCAUCCAGACCGGUAAGCACUGGGAAACUUUCACUUGUGUGAUAGGAAUGUCAUGGUCCGUAAUUAUCUGUAUCCUGUCUGCUCUCAGUAAUUUUUAUCCUCAACCAGGUCUUGAAAAUGUUAAUCAUGACCUUCAGAGCUGCAAACGUCAAUAUUAUUUGUAACCGUGCAAUUUUAUGACUAUGGUUUGUUAGUUCAUAUGUAUUUUAAUAGUUUUAUAAGGUUUGCAGUUACAGCAAUAUCAAUUUGGAAGUGUCACGUUUACUUUGUAACCCAACACAGGGCCAUUCUAAGGUCCGGUAUACGUUGUUUGUGUGACCCAACACACAAACAACGUAUUCCGGACCUCAGAAUGGCCGGACGUAACGUAAAAGAGAAUGAUCAAAAUAACAAGCCAAGGUCGGAUACAGACAAUACGAAUAAACUAGCCAAUGGUCAGGAUACCAGAAAUAGGGAAAGUCGAAAACAUAUACCAAAGUAAAAAAACAGAAAUACAAUACCAAGAACGCGCUCUUUGACAACCACGACAGAGCGCUGAGAAAAGGCAUUACAGGGUUAAAUAUGCCUCUCAGUGCUGUGAAUGUUUAUUACAUGGCCCUUAAGCCCAAAACGUGCGUGUGCGUCUAUAUUGUGACGUCACACGCACGCCGGCGCCAUCUUUAAUGUGAGGAAGUGCGCCCUUUAACAUUGGGAACGGGACUGCAGCGGCCCGGUGUCCUUUUGAACGCCGCACCAGCUGGGACCCAUCUUCAUUGAGGAUCGGUUGGCACCCCGCCACAAUCAAGGUAAGUUAUUUUUUCCCUUUUUGGCGCGACCGCCCUGUUCAUCAGGGACUUACUUUUAUUAGAAGUAUUGGCGUGGCCGCGUCACUCAUAGCCCCUUGUGCCGUGACAGCAAGUCUUUUACCAGGAAGUAUACAUUGAGAUGGUUUUUUUUCUCAUUCCAUGCAGCUCUUAUCUCAUUGGACAAAUAUGCAUUUCAAAUACAAAGAAAUGGAAUACAUUUUUAUACCGAUAACAUUAAUGCCACCUUGGUAAAGGCACUCAAUGUUAUUUACUAAAUUGAUCUUGGUUAGAAAUUCAUGGUAAAUUAAAAAUGAAUUUCAAAUUUAAGUCCAAGGAAGUUGAACUAGAAUCAUAGCUGAGAAUUUUUCCAGUUUUGCUUUUUUGUAAUUUAAUUCCAUUUGAAUUCUUUUUUUUUUUGUCAUUCUUUAUUUUAUUUUGUAAAGUUGACAGUGAAUAAACAGUAGGUGAACAUAACUGCGGUGAAAACAAGUUUGACAGAAAGGUAGACAGAUGCCCUCUGGGGCCUAGCUCCCACUGCCCCCAGCACCGCCGAUUAUUGUCGUAAAGUUAGGGUGCGUAUCUGCUACCCUGCAUCCUCGCCAGAUCUGUGCCCCCAGAGCCAUCUAGUGGUGACGUGGCCCGUCAACCUCACCCGACUCGGUAGAUCGUCUACUUUGUGCAGCCCAGUGAAAUUUAUCAUAAGGUUUAGCUUCAUGCCUGAGUGAUAUGAGGGUUUGUGUUAGCGCUCUGGUUUCAUUAGGUAGUGUGUGGGGAAGGUGGGUGCCUUGAUCUCUUCUGCUUAUCAAUCUGGUACCGGGCCGGUCUCCACUCCCUUCACCCCCCAGGCCUCCCGCUAUGGUACAGGUUGAUGGGUCGUCAUGUAGACGAUGAGCGAGUUGCGGGAGCGGAGGUCUUAGCUUGCAGUGUAUCCCUGGUGCCCCCAUCUCCAUUUUCCAUUUGAAUUCUUGACAGUUCUCACUCUAGUAAAUAACCCUGUACCAAAUUUUAGAUAAACUCUCAAAGUUAAUCUGUAAAGCACCAUCAGUAUCUCUCAUUUCCUUCUAGAAAUCCCUAUUCACCUAAGAGAUAUGCUGGCACUUCUUAUUUGUCAAAAAUUUCUUCAAAUUUAAGAUGUUCUUGACAUUUUUUAUUCAGAUCUUUUCCUUGCUUUGUGUCCAUUAUUUUCCUUUCAAAUUACAAGCAUCUGAAUGCGCUUUUUACUUUGAAUGCAUGAUUUUGUGUUUCUUGAUAUCAAUCAUUAAAUUCUACAUAUUAACAUCAUAUAUGUCUCUGUGUGUAUAUACAGAUCUCUCUCUCUCUCUCUCUGAGUUUAUUUCUUUGAGUCAGAAAACACAAUGUGCAUUGAUGUACUUUUUAAUAUAGUGUUAUGCUGUAAUUUCGUGCGUGCAUGAGGAACUGUAACUGUUGUGCUUAAUAAUACAUGUAACGUGGGUGAGCAAUUGUUUCAUAGUUUGUUUGUUUUUGUUUAGGAUAUACUCCGGAAUGGGCUUGAAGAUGUUAAGCAGUUCUUUAAUGUGAAUGGCUCCUGCCGACUUCCACUGAGCCCCAGUCUUCUCGUGAAUGGGAUUAUUCCACAGGUAAAUUACUUAUCUUUCCUAUUUUAUUUUUUUAUAUUUUUACGCUUUCAGAUCACUUAAAAUAGAUGUUCUAGAUUUGUGUUUAUACUUCAUAAGGGAAAAGGGCGGCUUAUUCCAGCAUUCAUUCUUGGUUGGAUGAAAUAUCGUGUGGGGGUGGGGAGGGGGAGCUGAGGAGGGGGAAAUCACGGGGAAGAGUCCUGACUUUUGUUACACAUCCUCUUGAAUACAAACAAAAAUUAUGAUGGAGCCCCAAGACUCUAGGCAACAUAACCUCAAAUCUGCUCUUUAGUAUUUAUGUUGGGGGAGAAUGGAGUUGGCAAGUGAGCUGUAUUUUUCAUCAUCUUCCAGCACUGCUCCAUCGCAUUUAAUGACAGACUCACAUUGACCGAAAUAGACGCUCACUGACUGGACACACACUGACAGACACACACUCAUUGACAAUGUGUGUCUGUCAAUGAAUGUGUGUAUUAAAUUAGUGGGUGUGUGUCUAAACAGUGAAUGUGAGUGUCAGUAAGUGUGUCUGUCAGUGGGUGUCAAAUCAGUGAGAGUGUGCAUUUAUCAGUUUCCUCCUCUGUGUGUAAUGUAUGUGUGUCUAUUUUCUCUGUGUGUGUAAGUGUGUGUGUCAAUGUCCUAUGUGUCUGUGUCCUGUGUGUACCUAUUAUGUGUGUAUUAUAUUUUCAUUUUGCGAAUUUUAUACUCCAAAUGAAUAGUUCAUACACUCCUCCUUACAUACACAAUAUUCCCAUUAUGCCCUAUUCUUUACUACCUUUAAUUAUGCUUGUUCUCCAAUAUGGGAUUAACUUACAUAUCAGUGUCUACACAUUUCAUUUGUAAUUUAAAUAAAUAGAAAUUACUUUCUCGAGACAGGGGUGCAUAUGAAUAUUUGUUUUUUAGACCUGCAGGGGUAAUUCUUCCUGAAAGGUUGAGAAACACUGGCUUAGUGUAUCCUUUUAAGGUUAUGUUUCAUCUAGCCUAACUCUUAUUCUCAGAUACUUAAAUAGGUUACUGCUCUAAAAUUAGUGUUUUGAGUGAGUUGAGAAAUAAAGAUGCUAAUAUUUUGUUAUUUUUGCACUGCAGAAUGCUUAACAUGCAAUAGUGAAUGCAUGUGUAUGACAGAGCUCAAUUGUUACAUUGCUUUGUAUGUCUACUAGAGUAACACAAUUAAUAUUCAUUGUACUUUGUCACGUAUAUUUGUCUAAAAUACAUUGAAGAAAGUAGGUAAUAGAUUUUUCUUUUCACAUCCUUAGGACUGCUCACACUUCAACUCGAAUGCUGUGCCACUGAAACUAUCUUUCCAGAAUGUGGAUCCAUUGGGGGAGAAUAUUCGCAUUAUAUUUAAGGUACCUGCUUACCAUAUGCAAGAAUUGUUUUUAUAAGUGUUAAGAGUGCACAUGACGAUCCAUUCUCACACAUUAUGUUAAAGUAGCAGUGCCACUUUCGGGAUGGGCUUCUCUUACACAUUAUGUGAUAUAAUGCCCAUUCUCAUCAGCCGUUUUGACUUAAGAUAGGAAAAUAGUGGCAGAAACUCCCUCUUUUUGCCAGAGAGUUAAAAUUACUUGAGAUCAAAUUUGUCCCUUUAUUUCUGAAAAAUUACGCUAUAGUAAAAAAGUUUUUUUUAAUAAAAAGUCUCAUUUUAUGUAAAGCUGACAGAGCUGCUGCAUUUUCAAAAUAUGGAUUACUGCAACUCUGACACACAGGCAUAUCUUCCUAAUAAAGACCAUUGUCUCAUUUAAUAGGCUUUCCAAAUGAUUCAAAACGGUUAGAAAACUUUCCAAAUGAUUUCCCUACAAACUUUCCCUUAGACUUAAAUGGGGAUUUCUGUAGAUAAAUCAUUCGGAAAGUUUUCUCAAUCAUUCUCGAAUCAUUUGGACUUAUUUUUAUUAAUUAAGGGCUGAAAUAUACAUAUUUAUGAUGUCAAAAAUUUAAAGAGCAAAAACUAGUAAACUAAGAGCAAAUUGUGUUUUUAUCUGAUGGAUCACUACAGUGUCAGGAAAACAAACUCGUUUUUCUGACACUAUAUAACCUUUAGGUUGCCCCCUUCCCUUGGCGCUGAAGGGGUUAAAACCCCUCCAGUUACUUACCUUAAUCCAACGCCAGGCUAUCUCUGAUCUUGGCUCCCGAGUUGAGUGGAAUGUGCAUGCGCGGCAAGAGCUGCACGUGCAUUCAAACAGUCCAUAUGAAAGCAUUUCUCAAUGCUUUCCUAUGGACUUUCUGCACGCUGGAUGCGAAUUUCGAUGUGCCCACAGGGGGGGAGACAGGGCCGUCUAGCACAUGUAGCUGGCUUGGCACGCCGCCUGACAGGAGAGCGUCCGUCUCUCCCGACAUGUGGCCCCCUCGGGUCUUGCCAAGAUUUUAUUGGAUUUUUAGCGCCACUUUCUUACUUUUCUAUUUUUCAAGAGCUUUUAUUGUUUCUCUCCCCCCCCACCCCCUCCUCUUUUUAAUUGGUCUGUAUUACAAUAGGAAUCAAAUCAAGGAUGUAUUUUUUUUUAAAGGGACAUAAUAGUCACCAAAACACAUUCAAAUUAAUAAUGCAGUUUUAGUGUACAUAUCAUGCUCCUGCAGUCUCACUGCUCAAUUCUCUUCCAUUUAGAUGUUUUAGAAGUCAUUUUUGCUUCUGUUUCUGUAGCUCUAGCCUCACCUCCCCUGGCUGUGACUGACACCGCCUGCAUGAAAUUUUUUUCUCUAAUUUCACUCAGAUGUGAACUGAAUUUAGAAGUUGUAUCUCCUGCCCUUUAGAUUGAACUUUAAUCACAGACAGGAAGCUCCUGCAAGGUCUAGAAGGCUAUUAACAGUGCAGGAGAUUAGAAAUUCUAAAUUAAACAGCCUGUGUAGUAAAAUAACUUAGACCUCACUUUACAGGAAGGGUUUAGGAAGGUUUUGCAAGUCAUAUGCAGGGAAGUGUGACUAGGGCUACACAAACAAAGUGAUUUAACAUCUAAAUGUCAAAUAAUUGGGUAGUGAGACUGCAGAGGCAUUCACCAAAAUGGCGUCAUUAAUCUAAAGUUGUUAAUACAAAUUGUAUCAUUGUAAAAACCAUAUUAAAUGUAACUGUGCAAAAAAAGCUACAUUCUGUUCUGACACAGUGACUAAUCAGGUUCCAUCAAUUCUUACAUGCGAUCAAAAAUAAUUACACGUUCGUUUGUUACAUACUAUAUCAUAACUAAUUUUCCGUCUUUGUAAACUUGUUUUAUCUUUUGUGCUCAAGGUUACAAAUGUCACAGUUUUGUUUUCGUUUCAUAGUGUACAAUACAAAACUGUCUUCAGCAGUGAAGAUUUCCAGUAAAUGCAAAGUUUGUGUUGUUACUAUAAACAGAGGGAUUGGUGACUGCAAUUUAAGUAAACUGCGUGCAGGAUUAACUCUGGCAGCUUGCUGGGAUACAGGGGUUAGAGGCCCUGGAACCAUGCUUUUGUUUGGCACCAUUCACCAUCCCUAUGUGAAGGAUGGAGCAGGAAUCCCCAACCUGAUAAACUGGCUAUGACCCUGUUGAAUCUUAAAGGGACACUCCAGGCACCCAAACCACUUCUGCCCAUUGGACUCCCACCCUUAACCCUGCAAGUGUAAUUAUUGCAGUGUUUAUAAACUGCAAUAAUUACCUUGCAGGGUUAAGUCAUGUUCUAAGAACACAGAAGUCCCUCUAGUAGCUGUGUGAUAGACAGCCACUAGAGGGACUUCCGUGUUCUUAGAACAUGAAAAGUGUUUUAAGCGACUCAUUAGGACUUCCAGCAAUGCCGGAAUCCCCAUAGGAAAGCAUUGAAUAAUGCUUUCCUAUGGAUAGGUCUAAUGCAUGUGUAUUAGGUCUCCCCGCCGGCUGACGUCAGCGGGGGGAGCAGCGUGGGCGGAGCCGUACCCAGUGCCGAGGGAUAUCAGCGCUUGUUUCAGGUAAGUGACUGAAGGGGUUUUAACCCCUUCAGCAACACUGGAUGGGGGGGUGGUAGGAAGGGGGUCACUGCAAGGUCCUGCAGUGCCAGGAAAAUGGAUUUGCUGGCACUGUAGAAUCCCUUUAAUCUUUCUUUGAGUAAGCUGCUUGAACAUUUUGCGAGACAUUAAUUUAUGGGAAAGAUUUUUUUUUAGUAUAUUUUUACUUUGUUCAAGAAGUAUAAACACAUUUUUCUCUAAUAAACAUACAGUUUGACAUGACAUUAUGUACUGUAUUCUUCACCCAAGUAUAAAACUAUAUAUUUAAAAAGACCACACUAAUGAGUUUUGUAGAGUGGUCUGAUGACUGCCAUUUGGUAUGACCUUUCUAAGGCCUACAGUGUUACUCCGUGUUUGACUAACAGGCAAUCUGGACUUCAGUUGCUGUCUUUAUUUCAAGAAAGGAAUGCACUGCCUGCUAUGUUAGGUGAUUGUAUUUCUGUCUUGGAUGGGAGUGGUGUUUGGUGAAGUUUUAAGAUCGGUGUGGGGUACUAGAGUCCACAGAAUUUGAUUCUGCCCUUUAACUCCGUAGCCACCAUCUUCUGACCUGUGGCAUCUUUCUGCUUAUCCUCGUGUAAUUAACCCCCUAAUGGUAGUCUCCAUAACAGUAUAGUUACUCAGUGAUAUCCGUGCAAUAAACUGAACCAGGUACAAUACGGAGAUACCCAUACAGGAGAUACCAUUAACUAUCCCAAACAACCAGGGACUCUGCGAUUGAUACACAGGGCUGCCGGACAGAGAUACCAACAUACAAUGUCUAUGUAUAAUGUUAAAGGGACACUAUAGUGACCAGAACCACUACAGCUUAAUGUAGUUCUGGUGUGUAUAGCCUGUCCCUUUAGGAUUUUAAAUGUAAACACUACAUUUUCAGAGUGACUGAGCACUUCAAAGAUGAUUUUGGUAUGUUUAUAGGAUUUCCUUAAAGUAUGCUAUGCCUACUGUCUGUAUGUUUGUAUUUCAGUAUAAAAUGAGAUGUAAUUGUAAGACUAUUGCAAUUGUAUGAUAUUGGUAUUUGAAAAUCAAUAAAAACAAAACAAAGUAAAAAAAAAAAAAAAAAAAAAAAAAAAAAAAAAAAAAAAAAAAAAAAAAAAAAGACGACUUUGGUAAACUAAAGGCAGUUGAACCUACACCAUGAAAAGUACAAUAAGAGUUAUUGAACUAUUAGUGACAAGCAGCACUGUGUUGUCGGAAAUGUCUGCCAUUUUCACUCCCCUUGUGCUUUCUGGGAUUCUGUAGCUAUAUAUAUUAAAAAGACACAGAUUUUUAUUUUGAUUUAAUUUUUCAAAUGUUUUUUUUAGCUUAGCCAUUCCCCAUAAGUGAAUUGAACAAGUGCUUAUGCAUUCAAAAGUUGUGCCUUUUUGUAAAUAAGACAAAUUCAAAGAAUGUUUUCAUGAAACCAGACCUGAGGUGAAUUCCCACCAGAAAUGAAAAUAGAGAAUCAAAAAGUGGGGACAAUGUAACCCCUUAGAUGUAGAUAUUCAGAUAGCAAAAUAGAAUGCUAAAGCUGGGUUGUAAAGUAUUCACCAAGUAAUGGGGAGGUAUUGGAAUCCUGGAGAACUGCUCUGCCAUGGUGAGCAACAAUUCUAACUAUUUUGACAAUCCCUAUACAUUCAAAUGAAAAGAAGUAUAGACUAGUAUGCAAUAAGACAGAAAUAUGCUGCACAUGUACAUAAGCACCAUAUACAAAUGUGGCUUGCCAUCAACUUUAGCAGAAACCAGGUAAUACCAUCCUGUCAUGGGUGGCAAGUUUUUACAUAUAACACACUUUCUCUCUCUUUCUCUCUCUGUCUCUCAUAUCGAAAAAAUAAGUACAGGCAGUUAAAGGUGAUUAUGAUAUGCAGAAACUCAUGUUAAUAUUAUGUACUUCUACCUUUUCAUUAAAUAUGUGUUUGUGAGGUCUAAAAAAUAAAGUGAAUCUAGAUAUCCACUGUAUUCAGCCAUGUCACUGGAAACAAGAACCUUGGCCCUCUGUCAACCAUUGUUAUUAGCUAUGCCCUUUGCCAUUAUCCGUCAGCAUAGAGGGAGGAAGAGAAACCAAAACAGAGUUUUUCUGUCUCUCCUUUUAAUGUAAUGUGUGCCUUGGCUGAGCUGGGUUAUAACGUAAUCUUGAUAAUCUAUAAUAUACAUUUAAAUGAAAAAUUUGAUGGUAAAAAAAAACGGUUCACAAAAAAUUAACCGGUAUCCAAGCUGGUUGUAACAAGGUUGAUUUCUAGAACUGCCAGUUUUACACAUAAAGCUCUUCAGCAAGUUGAAGUGCUUUAGGGGUCUGGAGUGUCCCUUAAAAUCCUUUGAUGCCAUCCAGCCAACUUUUCAACUAACUUGCUGCAUCACUUCACCAUUUAUGUUAAGAAACAAUGUAUUUUCUCUGCCACUCUUAACAUGCAUCUCCAUUUUGCUUCAUACAGUGUGGAGAUGACCUAAGACAGGACAUGCUAACCCUGCAGAUGAUUCGCAUCAUGAACAAGAUCUGGGUGCAGGAAGGAUUAGACAUGCGGAUGGUGAUCUUUCGCUGCUUUUCCACAGGACAUGAGCGGGGUAAGUGCAAACUAUUUAAUCAUUGCUUUAAAUUUCCUUGUCACUCCCACAAACGUCAACUUGUCUUUGAAUCAGAGCACCAAGUGUUACUACUUGUCCACAUCUCAAAACAUUUCAAGUAGGUUCUGAGGGGGCGGAGCUAACGCAUGCAACUGAACAGUCGCCAUUUCUCUGAGAUCCUCACGGGCCCAACAAAAUCUGCCUAAUAUCUCAUUCCCAACUCGCCAUCCAACCUCGAAACCACGAAAACUGGACACAGGUUACUGAGCCGCAUCGACAGAUGCCCUUUCAAUACACCCCGGGGAAAAACAAGCCGAGGCGCAGAUCUGGGGCCUACCGCUACCCGAAGCCUCAAGGCCUAGACUCACUCCUCGAUUCCCUCAUCGGAGCGCACAGCUCAAACAUCCCGGAGCAGCCCUGGUCACCCCCGCUGCCCGACACCCCGACUAUGAAACGCCGAACACAGAAACCCGACAGGGACAUAGGGGCUAUGCUCCAGAGACCCGCGGCCUCGAAGACGCCAACAGCAGAGGCCGACCACGCCACAGAGGUCCCACAAUCGGGGACAGAGAACGGGGACGUGGAACUCGGGCAAACACCCCACCAAGAGCCAUCCCUAAGCUUACUGCAGGCUGACAGCAUGGCACCGACCACCAAAGGUGACCUCAAACUACUCCUUGCAGACCUCCACAAAAUGAUGGCAGCCGACCUCGCACGAGUACGCACGGAAAUUCAUGCAAACACAGACCGCAUUAAGGCCGUGGAGGAAAACAUCCGGCAUGUGCAGACUGAGAUGGCCCAUCUCAAGAACCCGAUACAGCAGCUCAAUACUCACCACCAGGCACUGGCGCAACGGCUGACAACCCUCGAGGAUCAACUAAGGAGAAACAACAUUAAAAUACGAGGCAUACCAGCGGCAGUAAGUGCUGAAGAACUCCCGCAUUAUAUCCGGAGGCUGUUGGCCGCCUUACUCCCACCAGCGGUGGCCAAAAAAGUCACACUCGAUGGCAUAUUCCGACUCACCAGCAUGGCCAAGCUCUCCACCCCUGGGCCACGGGACGUAAUCGUCCUCUGCGAAGGACAAAAGCCACAUUAUGGCGGCAACACGUGGUAAAACACCACUACAGUUUGAGAACUCCUCUCUAAAUUUCUUCCACGACUUAACUAGGGCAACGCUGCAGUGGCGCAGACAAAUGGGCCCCAUCACGACUCACCUCCGGUCCAAAGGAGUGCCAUACCGCUGGGGAACGCAAGGCACCUUGCUCGUACCCCGGAAAGGAAUGACCCCCCCCCCCCCUGGUUACAGGGUAACACACCCGGAUAACCCCGAAGCUCACAACCACUCAAGCAAGCAACAGCCAUCUAUCACAACAUACCCACCGGUAAAUCUAGGGCAUCACCACACAAAUAGCGGCAAGUCGUACUCUCCCCCACAAACCCCCAUGCACACAGCCACCACACUACACAAUGCGCACCUGGAUCUACCCUCUAGGGCAAUGCACCCCAAGGGGGAGAUCAUACCCCCUGCCGACUUGGCCAGACCGUACUCACGGUACCCUACGCCCCGUAGCAGUGCCGCAAUGUGGCAGAGGGCACAUAAGAAUGGAGGAGACAAGCUUUCUCACAAAUGCAUGCACCACAAAACGAAGGUGACAUAGUUGUAAAUUGGCCCAGUGUUUGCCUAUACUUUACUAUUGUUUCUUGUUUUUAUUGUUUAGACAGCUGCCUAGACACGUUAAUUAUGUCUCCCAUGCCCUCCACCAGGUCAUUGCAGCCACAACGAGAGGCCAGCUUUUGUGGUUAACCUAAUACGCUACCUACUGCGCUAAAGCACCAGCCCAUUGCCCACCCACUGACAGAGAUAGGUUAAGCAAGGGGCUAGCUGCCUAAUACAGUGAGCAGGAACAGUCUUGUCUUGUGAUUGAUUGAUGUGCUGUCACACCACUGGCUAUCAUCUUGUUCCCUUUGAUAACCCCCAUAUAAAAAUGUGCAUCGAUUUCAUAUGCCACCUAUGCAACUGUUAUACUUUGUCAACCUCAAUGCAUGUCAUGGCUGUUGGGGCAUGACUUGAAUGCUUGUUGAAUUAACUCAUGCACGAAAAAAUAAAGAAUUUAAAAAAAAAAAACAUUUCAAGUAGCCAGAGAGCUGAAAUGACUGGUGGGUUUUCUACUUGGUGGGCUUUUCUGUGAAUUUUAGGUGACUUCAUGAUAAUUAUGUAACUAUAGAUGUGGAUUUAGAAGAAUACCAGUAUUUCAGUGCACAAACUGCUAUCUAAACUCCUACCAUUACCAUUUUUGUAAUUUAAUGACAAUAUACGCUCUGAUUUUGAUUGCUGUGUUGCUCCAGAGCACAUUAAUACACUCUAACCUUUCUGAGUCCUUAGAAAAGAGGGAUAGGAGGAUUUGAGUUCCAUAGACAAACUCUCUCACUUAACGAGAUGUAUACAUGAGAGGUCUGUGUGUCAGUGCACUUUUACCAACUGAGAACUCCCUCGUUUUGUAUCACGCUUUGAUCUAAUAUGUUUUAGUUUAAAAGGUAAUGAAUUACAAAAAAAGCAUAGUUCAUAUUUUUUAGAUCAAAAGGGAUGCGAUCAGGUGUAAUAUUAAAUAAUCCCAUUAUAAUUGGUCAAGCUAUAGAUGUGAUUGUGCAUUAAGGCAACUACCUUUAGAGUGGUUUAUGUGUCUGGAGUUUGGAAGGACAAGGGGUAAGUAAAUAAAUGUGAUCAGCUAUUUAUUUUCUUAUUUUUACUCCCUCGGCGCUGGGACUCUCCUCCCUCUUCUUCCAUCAUUGACUGAAUGCGCAUGUGCGGCAAGAGCCACGCGUGCAUUCAGCCAGUCUCAUAGGAAAGCAUUCUCAAUGCUUUCCUAUGGAUGCUGGUGUCUUCUCACUGUGAUUUUCACAGUGAGAAGCGCGGAAACGCUUCUAGCUGCUGUCAAUGAGACAGCCACUAGAGGCUGGAUUAACCCAUAGGUAAACAUAGCAGUUUCUCAGAAAAAGGGUUAAACCUAGAUGGACCUGGCACCCAAACCACUUCAUUAAGCUGAAGUGGUCUGGGUGCCUAUAGUGGUCCUUUAAGUUGGGUACUGAUCCCUAGACCUAGGAAGUUAUCAAAGACUAGUGACAAGCUAAAUAUACCUUUUUCGGUUACUAAUUCUUUGAUAUUAAUUGUAUUUUGCAGGGAUGGUGGAAAUGAUUCCUAAAGCUGAGACCCUAAGGAAAAUCCAAGUUGAACAUGGAGUCACUGGCUCAUUUAAAGAUCGUCCCUUGGCAGACUGGCUUAAAAAGCACAACCCUACAGAGGAGGAGUAUGAAAAGGUGAGGGUGGUAAUCUAUUUCACUGAAUAUGGCAUCUUCAUUUAGUAAUUGAUAUUCAUUUUUAGUUGAUCAAUGUGGUUUCCCAGUGGGCAAUGUACUUGUUUUGUUAUUUUUACCAAGUAGGAUUUGUUACCAUGAUGUACGUUGAAAAUAUUAUUUAUAUUAACAUCAGAGAGAUAUUUAUUAGUGUGAAAUGUAAAGACAUACACCUUUCAGAAGGAGAAAUCAAUUUGGGAGUAGAAUACAGAAUUACAAUACCGUAUAAUGGAAUUCUAGUUCAGGAAUGGUUAAAAGGUUCAUUCCCAGCCUUUUCAGAACUCCAAUUCAGAUGAUGCUUUGUCACCUUAAGGUAUUGUAAUCCUGCAUAUCCUCUUGAUUUUGACCGUGCCUGGUCAGGGGAGCACUGUGAAGUUGAGACAGGCUCCCUAGACUACAGCAUGAAGUUGUAGUGGGUUAGAGCACUGAUUCUUUUAUUGUCAAUCCUCUACCAGCAUAAAGCAGGUUUCACUGUUCCUGUGCCAGGAAGUAUUCUCCUCUCUAGCAACUCAGCAUAUGGCUGACUUCUACUCUCGAAUACCUGCACUUCAACGUGUGAGACAUCAUGGGCGAGAAUAAUAAAACUUGACAUAAAAGUCAAAUAUAAUAUACUAAUGCUAAGAAGGUGCCCUUGUCUGGUUUGAAAUCAUAUACCUGUAGUCAGAUACUUGCUGGCCUUGUAUAUAAUGGUCAAUAAAUAUAAUAUAGUACAUCUAUAUAUAAAAUGCUAUACUGUGUUGGGGGCUGUCGGCAGCUGUGAGCUUUGAACCAUUAAGUUGCUAAUGCAUAAAUAUAUGAUUUCAAAGCAGCGGAAUGGUGUGUAUGUUACAAGCAUAAACUUUGAUCUAAAGCGGUGAAGGGGCUUAAUAAUGGGUUACAUGUGAUGUGGUAUAGUAUACAGUCUAAUGCACAUUAUUUCUUUAAACAGGCAGUGGAAAACUUCAUCUAUUCAUGUGCUGGGUGUUGUGUUGCAACAUAUGUGCUUGGCAUCUGUGAUCGGCACAAUGACAAUAUCAUGCUUAAGACCAGCGGACACAUGUUUCACAUUGACUUUGGACGCUUUCUUGGUCAUGCACAGAUGUUUGGGAAUAUAAAACGGUAAGAAUAUCUUUGACAACAAAUUGACCUGUUGUGUGAUUUUAAUACAAUCUUAGUCAAAUAAAAAAAAAAAUACUAGUAUUACCUACCUGAGUGGAGGUGUCUGUUUUGUUACAUUGUUAAAAUAACACACUUUAAAAGAUUAAACUUUUCAUAUAUCAUGGUUAAUCGUCAUGCGAUUAUGUUCAAUUAAUUGGGUUAUUCUAAUUAUAUAUAAUCUAGUGCUGAGAUGUCAUGCUUUGACCUGUUGGUCAGAUCCUUUUUAUGUAAUGGAAAAGGAGCAUUCUUCAGACAGGUUGUGUCUUUAUAAAACAGACUUGUAAUUGCAAGCAGUGGUGGAUGUGUCCCCAGUGGCGGAAUAGGUGGCAGAAAUGAAUUACCAUAUAAUAGAAUGCCUCAAAAUUGUGUAGAUCUUGUCCGAUUUCUCUCCAUACUCUGAAGCUGUGACAAGCUGCUGUAUCUGGCAAAAACAAAAAUGAAAGACAUCUGUUUUGCUCUAUCUACUUUCAAUCUCAUACCUCCACUGCUGUGAUCUCUUCUCUCUUGUUUCUUACUUUGAUCUUUCUUUUCCUUUUUUUUUUUAACACACAAUUUCUGCAUUCCUUCUUCUGAUUAUGGCUUUAUAUCUGCUUAUUCCACCAGUUGCCAUUUUUAUGACUUUCAAUCACAGUGUUGGCAGUAGGCUAUGCGCCCCUUGCUAGUCGAAUAUCUCGUGCUUGUCUUCCCCCUUGAAAACUGUUAGGGAGCGUGUUAAACACCAGCGGUAUGGUAUCCUGUGUUUCCUGAGGAGAAAUGUGAAUGACUUGAAGGACUGCUGCCAGGCUAGUGUGCUGCCUGAGAAGUCUGCGAGGAAUGAAAGCGACAUAGGUUCAAACGAGUAUGGUGUAUGGUCUUUAACUGCUUCCAGUGUUUCUGCUUUGUCCCUCCGCUUCUGGAAGCUGAUUAUGAGGUCUCGAGGGGCCGUAGUAGGUGCCUUUGCUGGCUUUGGGGCCCUAAAGAUGCUGUUCAGCUCUAUGGCUUUCGCCUCUCGUGGUGGUAACAGCACUGCCAGGAGCGCUCGCACAAGAUGCGGUAAUUCGGCUGUUGGCGUAUCUUCUGAUAUGCCCCGUAGGUUAUUUGAGUUGCGUGUGUCCUCCAGGGCUGCAAAUCUUCGGUCGUAUUCUUCGUUGCAGAUCCACAGUCUCUGGAUCUCCUGCUGUAUAAAAGUGAUGUGGCGUCGGAUGUAUUCUCCAAAGCGCCCAGGAGUCCUGUCAGCCCUUGGAUGUUUGAUCGGAGGCCUGCCACAUCUGUUUGGAUGGUCGACUGGAGGUCUGCCAGUAAUUGCUUGAGCACCUCUGUUGUCACUGGUGCUGAAUCUGAGCUCUGGGGUUUUGGUGCCGGUGCUGACCUGGCCGGCAGAGCGGGUAUUUCCUUACCUAGGGAAAAACCGUCCGAGAUGACUGAGUGCGUCUUCGGGUAGUCCGCCAUAUUGCACCUAACAGCUCCCUGUGCCUUUCUCAGCAAGUCUGCUAUGUCCAGGCCUUGCGGGUUUCUGCUUUUUAGUAUUCCGACCCAUGCCGGUUUACCCACUCUUAAUUUGCAGCUGUUUGUGUGGGUUUGUGUUGCCCAAAAUGGUACUUAAUGGUGUGAAAUCACUGGAGCUCCGGUGCCAUGCGACUGUUUAGCUCCGUGGUUAGGCCCCAGCUUGACUAUUUUAACCUCUAUUUUGUCAUUCAGAUUUAAAUUUUACAACUUUUUUUUAAUUUUUUUUCAAUUAACACCAUUAAAUAAAAUAUAAUGCAUUUUUAUAGGCUUGUAUCAAGUAACCAAUGUAAUCUAUUUUAUUUGUUAACCUAACAAUAUAUAUUAUUUUAGUUGUAUAAAUGUUUACUCCCCUGCUUACUUCAAUUACAUGUCUACAUGUACCUUUUCCUUCUGUAGUGACCGCGCUCCCUUCGUCUUCACAUCAGAUAUGGCCUAUGUUAUUAAUGGAGGAGACAAGACGUCCAGCCGUUUCCAUGAUUUUGUGGAUUUGUGUUGCCAAGCAUACAACCUUAUCCGCAAGCACACUCACCUCUUCCUUAAUCUCCUAGGGCUGGUGAGUGAGUCAUAGAACUUGAGUUGGGCAGAAAGGCUUGUUUAUCUCUACUGUUUUUUUAAUGAAAAUAAUUUUUUUACUAAUUUUGUAAGCAUUGUAACGUGUAAACAUUUGUCAGAAUGGCUGUUAAUUUGAAAUCUUCUCCAUGUUUUUAUUUAAGGCCACUUAGAGUUAAAAUAUGGCACAAUUACUUAAAAAAGAUGGCUUUUACAAAUUUACAUAGUCAGCAGGAAAAGUACACAGGUAAAGAUAUUAAAUGCAUACAUUAUUUUCCCUUAAUUGAGAGAAGAGGGGUAUUUGAUAUAAUUAUAUGCAAAAAUCUACAUAAAACUCUGUAUUUAGAUCUCUAGAAAAUGCUAGAGCUAAAUAUGACAUGGAUCUUAACACAUGUAUAUUAUAUCAUAUCAGUAACAUUAAAAAAUAAACGUAAUCAGGACAGAUGGACUACAUGUGUGGUUCACAUCUGCACAGUGGCCUACUGUGUUAAAAUGUGGUCAUUAGGAUAGAUGAAAAAUUAUGUUUUUUGAUUCCAAUAAUUCUUAUGACGUAUGCUGAUAUGACCGUAUUAGUACUGUUCUUCUAUGUUUGUCUUAUUUUAGAUGCUUUCAUGUGGCAUUCCAGAACUGUCAGAGUUGCAGGAUCUUAAAUACGUAUAUGAUGCACUGCGUCCUCAAGAUUCAGAGUCUGAUGCCACCACUUAUUUCACAAGGUAAUCAGAGCAGUCUGUGGAAAUUCCUUCUAAAUGAUCAAUAAAAAAAAUACAUAUAUAAUGUGAUGUCAUAAACAGUAUCCUAAUCUUAUUUAUAUGUUUUGGGAUAUUUUAGCUACGGGUUAACUAACCUGCCAUAAUAGACCUUCUCUUUAUUUUCCUUCCCACAGACUCAUAGAGUCCAGUCUUGGUUCUGUGGCCACCAAAUUGAACUUUUUCAUCCACAAUCUAGCCCAGCUCAAGUUCAGCAGCUCAGAUGAGCGUUUUGCUCUUUCUUUUGCUCCAAAGACAUACACAAUAAAGACAGAUGGGAAGAUCUGUGAUGUCUUCUUGACCAGAUACAAGAAAAUAUUUACUCCCAACAAAGGAUACGUGAGUAAUUAUUCUGCGUUCUUUGUCUACAGUAGAGUUUCUUCAAUUACUGCCUCUUACUUGUUUGGUUGAGGUUUCUAGGAUCUUUUCACAUAAGUAAAGCUGUAAUCAUGAAAUAAGUAGAUAUGCUUGAAAAAAAACCUUAUAAUUGGGAGAAAACAUUUGGUAUUUUGAGUACUUGAGGUUACUCAUAGAAAAUAUACAUACACACCAGUUUUUAGUAUAAUUAACCAAUCAUUAUCAGAAUAGAAUGUUCUGUGCUGAAAUUGGUUGUCCAUCUUGGCACACAAGCCCAUCUAGAAUCAACGAUACCUUCAACAGAAGACUCAUCUGUGCUGCUAUGGAAUGUUCUCCACCUUUCUCGAUGUAUAUUUAGGACUGAGUAUACUUAACUAUACAUCUCUAUAAUUAUAACUUUAAUAUUUAUAUGUAUAGUAUAUAUAGUUAAAAUUAUAAUUGUAGAGAUGUGUAGUUAAUAUAUAUAUAUAUAUUAAUGUGUGUGUGUAUAUAUAUAUAUAGUUAUAAUUAUAGAGAUGUAUAAUUAUAUUAAGAUAUUACAUAUUUUAAUCACACCAAUCCACAUUUCUAUGUAAGGGUUUUAUUUUGUCUGCAUGAUGCAUAGGAAAUAUUAUGUGGCAUUUGGUCUUAAUAAUAGAUUACCCAAUAUAACAUGCUAUGCUGCAGUUAUUCAUAUAUCAUUGGUCUUUACCAUACUUCAAUUCAAUUCCUUCAGUUGAGAUUCUGAGAUCCUUGGUAUAACCCUGUCUUUAAAAAAAAUCCUUUGGGUCUGCAUGGUUGUGGGGCAGAUUAUAUUAUUGACAGUAAUAGUCAUUGAAAGUUUUCUCAAUUCUCUCUGGAGAUAGACAGGUCUCACCCUUAUAUAUAAGGAACCUUAAUUAUAUUGACCACCAGCAGCUAUCAGCUUAUAUUGAUUCACAACUGCUAUCCAUCACUACCCUUUCCUCUGCCUUGAACGCUGCAGCCCCACUCCAAGCAUGCACAUUGAGGAGGACACACCCCCAACCGUGGCAUACUAAAUCAACAUGCUACCUUCAAAGAUGCUCCCUGGUGUGCUGAACGCUCCUGGAGGAAGUCUUGCGCCCAGUCAGACUUUCUCCCUUAUAUAUUCAUAUUGUGUUCAUACAGCGCAGCCCUUGCCAAACAGUCAUACUUUUCCUCUCUCAUUAGUUCAUGCUCCUGCAAUCCCAGGCCUCUCUUUGAAACCUUUAGCUCUCUUCUUUGCCCUGCUGUGGCAACUCCCCAAACUAAGCUUACAACCGAUAGCUUUGCUUGCUACUUUACCGACAUGAUUGAACAGCUAAGGAGAGAAUUCUCCCCACCUUGCUGUUCUCUUUUGCAACCAUGUAGAUCAUGUCUUUCCUACCCUUCAGACUUUCUCCCAGCUACUGAACAAGAGGUGGCUGCGCUUCUCCUUUCCUCUCGCCCCACCACUUGCCCGCUCGAUGCUGUCCCAUCUCACCUUAUCUCUCUCGUCUUGUGCCUUCCUUAACACACAACUUCAACUACUCUCUCUCUCUUCUGGUGUUGUCCCUGCUGACUUUAAACAUGCCACUGUAGUACCUAUCCAGAAAAUAACACCUCUUGACUCGUCCUCUAACUAUCGUCCCAUAUCCCUUCUCCCUUUUUUGCUCAAAGCUUCUGGAAAGACUUGUCUUUACCCGUAUCUCUCACUUCCUCAAUUCCAACUCUCUCCUUAACCCUCUUCAGUCUGGCUUCCGCCCUCUCCACUCUACUGAGACUGCUCUUAUCAAAGUUACUAACCACCUAAUUGCAGCUAAAUCCAAAGACCACUACUCCAUACUAGUUCUUCUUGACCUCUCUGCCUUUGAAGAGUUUGAAGAAGGAGAGCAUGAUCAACGGUGUCAAUCACUCAGUCUCUGUGACUCUGUCCUCUCAUGGUUUUCCUCUUAUCUCUCCCAACGCUCAUUUAGUGUCUCCUUUUCUAAUGAUACUUCCUCCCCUCGUCCUGUCUCGUUUGGAGUCUCCAAAGGCUCUGUCCUUGUUCCCCUUCUAUUUUCUCUUUAUACUGCCUCUCUUGGCAAACUUAUUACCUCUUUUGGAUUCCACUACCAGCUAUACGUUGAUGACACUCAGAUAUAUCUCUCCUCCCCGGACCUUUCCCCUGCUGUCCUGCAACGUGUCACUGCUUGCCUUUCUUCCAUUUCUGACUGGAUGUCCUCCCGCUUUCUGAAACUCAGUCUCUCUAAAACUGAGCUCCUUGUCUAUCCUCCUCCUAAUACAGAUCCUCCUCUUUCGCUCUCCCUUCAAGUUAGUGGUAUCCACAUAAGUCCAUCCUUGCAAGCGCGCUGUCUUAGCGUCAUACUUGAUUUUGGCUUCACAUUUGAGCCUCACAUCCACUAUUUUGCCAAAUCCUGUAGAUUCCAUCUUAAAAACAUAGCCCGCAUCCGCGCCUUUCUUACGCAAGAUGCUACCAAGGAGCUUGUCCAUGUUCUAGUAAUUUCCUGCAUGUAUUAUUGUAACCCUCUCCUAAUUGGUCUUACCAAAAGCCGCAUUGCCCCGCUACAUUCUUUAAUGAAUGCUGCCGCCAGACUGAUUUUCCUCUCUAGUCGGUCCUCUCACACCUCACCCCUCUGUCAGUCCUUACAUGACAGGAGUCCAUUCAAAGUGCUAACCCAUACCUAUAAGCACUGAACAAUUCUAGCCCCUCUUAUAUCUCUUCACAGAUCCAUAAGUAUGUCCCUUCUCGGUCUCUCUGCUCUGCCCGUGACUUUCUCCUGUCCGUUGCUCGCACCCGUACGGUCAACUCACGCUUGCAGGACUUCUCGCGGGCAGCUCCCUUCCCAGGGAAUAGCCUGUCUAGCCCAUCAAACUCUUCCCUAGUCUUGCAUUUAUUAAAAAGUGCUUCCCAAAGUAACCUCUACCUUACAUACCUGUCUCUUGCUCUGUCCUAAAGGGCAGCACUCUACUCUCUCCUCCAGCUCUGCUUCACUCCCACCUUAUUUGAUUAAUAAUGUGUUUUAUACCCCACCUCCUAUAUACUGUAAGCUUGUUUGAGCAGGGUCCUCUUCAACCUAUCGUUCCUGUAAGUUUUCUUGUAAUUGUCCUAUUUAUAGUUAAAUCCCCCCUCUCAUAAUAUUGUAAAGCGCUGCGGAAUCUGUUGGCGCUAUAUAAAUGUCAAUAAUAAUAUGUCCUUUCCUUAUAUAUUGCAUUUGUAUAUUUCAUAAACGUAAGGGAAUUUCAAAACAAUACAAGCUGUAUACACACAUUCUUCUGUAGGCUUUCCUGCUGUAUUUGAACAUGUGGUAUUCCAGGAUAGGUGUAAGAAUGUGAUCUCCCUGUUUGUUUGUUUUUUGGGGGGAGGGGGAGUUUUAUUAUGGUGGAUAGAUGCUGUCAUUUACAUUUAUAUAAUGCAUACAAUUAUGAAUAUGUAUGUUUUCAUUUGUGUGUGUAAAAUAUUUAUUCAUAAUCUGCAUCUCUAAUGUGAUUACAGGUUUUUGUCAUAAAGGUGGUGAGAGAAAGCCCUCAUGAAACCUCAUAUAUUCAACGAUCAUAUGAGGAGUUCCAGGAAAUGCACAGCAAACUCCGACUCUUCUUCCCAUCACAGCUCCCAAGGUACCUACCUGCAGCUACUAAGAUUAUACUUCUAAACUACUACAAACUGUACUACAGAGCUAAUCUAAUAUCUCAGUUAUGACAUGUUUUAGUGUAAAUAUUCUUGGCAAAGAAAAAUGGUAAAGAUAGACUUAUUAAAUUAUAGUAAUUUUUCAUAUAUUGGACAUCUAUAUUUCCACUUAGAUUUGUGAAUAUGAUUUUGGAAUAUAAUCUGCACAUGCAAAUAAUGACUGUUGAAAUUCUUGAGUUUCCUGAUAUUUUCAUGGAAAGAUCAUAUUAAAGAUGGAAAGUUUGUGUCUCUUUUGUCAAAGAAAAUGCCCAAUCUAUGGUACCAGUAUUUAAUACUUUUCCCUAGAUACAACGUAAAUGAAUCAGGAGUGUUUUUUUCAUAGCUCUACCUAUAAGGAUGACCAUUCAACUUUGUACCUACUAAUGUCACUAUUCCAUCCUUUUCAGUUUCCCCAGCCGCUUUUUGAUUGGGCGUUCUCGUGGAGAGGCAGCAGCCGAGCGCCGGAAAGAAGACUUGAGUGCAUAUGUUUGGCAUUUAAUCCAUGCAACUCCUAAGGUUGCUGAGGUAAGACAUUAGUAGUUCACACUUUUACAGCAGGUACCUGAAUAUAAUAAUAAUAAGUUCUAGGUAAAAUAAAAUACCUGAGAUAAAAGGUAAACUGCCACUUCCCUGAAUUUGUUAUAUCAUGUUUAUUUAUCCCUAUAACAAAUAUCCUUACGAGAUGUAAAAAAUUAAAUGUAGAAAUCCCCCUCUUUAUCCUGCAACUGAUUGUCUUUCAAUCAUUGUUAUAGGUUGUGUCUUGUUGCCUGUCAAUCACUGUUAUGAGCUCUGUUCUUUGUAAGAGAAAGCAUACAGAAAAGAGGAGACAUGAAACAAUGUUUCUAUUCCUCAUCUUCAUUUUGUCCUGGCUUUGAAUUGUCUGAGCUGGAUUAUAUAAUUUGCUAAAACAUUUCACAUAAAAUGUAUGAAAAUAAAUGAGAAUGGAGAUUGCAUGGAAAAAAGGUUAUUACAAGUUUUGGAUAAUUUUAUACUCAACUGUAUAAUUUAAAAGUAACAGUUCCCCUUUAAUUUGAGCACUUUAAGUCAUGCAGUUCCUGCAAAAACCCAAAGAAACUAAUAUGUUUUAACACUAAUUCAGGUUCCACUGUAAUCAUGAGCAGUUGAUAUCCCACAGACUCCUGUUCUGUAUUAAGUCUUAAAUUCCCAUGCCAAUCACACAUGGUGCCACAGCAGUUGUAUUGAUUGAAAAACUAAAAUAGUAACAGGUGAAAAAGCAAAACAGAAGCUCCUACAAGAGUUUUAUUCUAUGAUUGACUUCCAUGAAUGAAAAUGCUUGUGUCAAUGCUGUAUGAUGCAGGUUGAACGGUCAUGUUUUUCAAAAGGAAAUUUAUGGUUACAGGCGCAUGUAAAAUCUCUCAACCAAUAAGGUUUCUGUCAUACCUUUCUGUGUCUGUGUGGGAUUUGCAAAUUAAGUUGUCUGCUUAAUACUCUCAUGGCAAACAUGAGAUACCAGGGUUUUCUUUUAUUGACUUUAGUACAGGUGAUGUCAAAAAAAUUUGGCAAUGAAUUAGCUUUUUCAUUUUUUUCUUCUCAGUUUCAGUUUUUAUUCAGCCAUGCACUGAUUUGACAGCUCAAAUAGAAUGUCAAGCAAUAUAAACAAAAUGUAUCUAGGUGCAAGGGAAACUGAAUUGGUUGUAUUGUUUGUUGUAUUAGUUAUGUAUGUAUAACCGUUAGGCCUGCUGUUCUCUUACAUUAAACUGUUUAGUUGCAUUAACAAAGAAACAAAACAUCAGAUUGAAGGUAAGAGGUUUGGACUACACAGGCACCUUUUAACUCUCAGAUUUGGUCUAUUGAAUUAAACCAUAAUGCUUCAGUGUGAAGCACUUAGAGGGGAGCCUGGCUCCAAUAGACCCCUGCUUCUUCCUGUUGUUUUGUGUCCCUUAUUUUUGUAGUUAGUAUAGAAAACGUAAGUGCACUCAUCCACUUACAUCAUAAAAGAGGGCCUGUCCCUUGCUGAUCCUCUAAUCAUGCACCUUCAGACUGAUCAACUGUGUCAAACAAAAGUGUAAAAUGAUUUGUUUCUCCAAGCACUCAGGGGCAUUAACUUUAUAGUUUAUUAAAGAAGCACAUAAAAAAUAAAACCUUUAUUUAUUUUAUGCUAAACUUGAGUGAUUUCUUUUUAUCUCAGCUUGUGUGUCUGUGGAUUUGACUGAUGCAAAAGCAUAGAAAUUAAUUGUGUAUCAAGGGAGUCCAUAGGAUUCCAUGGAAAAGCAGCUGAUGUAAGUGUGUGUCAUACAGUGUGCACAGAUCACAGUGAUGCUGUUUAUUGCAGGUGUUUCAACAGGUAAAACAGGGCGUGUUUGUAGAAUGCAGCAGGGCGUUAUGUAUAUUUCAUGUUAUUAGUUCAUGGGUGAGCCCUGUUUGAGUUAUUUUACGUAUCUUUCCACCCCACCACCACCACAAACCAUACAAAGGGAUCUCCUUACUUAAGAUCCAGCGUGCAACGAUCUUCAAACUUAGCCAUGACCACCUAUCUGGGGUUUUAUUUUUAGUUCUACGUGGAAGUUACAGGAAUUGGACACACACAGAAAUACGUGAAACAUGAUAAUUCACACGUGCUCUCCCAGCUCUAAGAGCAUGUACAUUCCAUGCCCCAUGAAUAAUUUAGAGUCUUUUCAGUAUGCUAAUGUUAAUUCAAAGGGAGCAUAGAAUAAAGGGUGUAGACCUGAUGGGAAUUUUUAGCCUGGCCACUUUAUUAUGCAAGUAAAGGAGCAAUAUCUUCCUUUUGUUGUUUUUAAUGUACACAGUUGUAAUAAUUGUGUUGUUGAUUGCUUAUAAGCACAAUAAUUGGAGCCAGCUUGAUUGUUUUAAGAUUGUAUUAUGAGGCAGAUUUUGUAGUAAUAUGGGUUGUAAAGAGUGGCUUUCAUUUUAAGGCCUUUUCAAACAAAGAUAUCCACGGGAUAACCAGUUUGUCUGGUUGCUGCAAUUCAAUCUGGUUAAGUUAGCCUGCUAUUAAAAUAAUUCGGCUGCUCCUAGCAACCUGUGUUUGGUGAUCAUUCAUGUCAGAUUUGGCUGCAGAAUACAUUUCACAUAUCAAAUGUGCCUAACUUUAUUGUAGGCGAGAUUAUCUGGAGAGGGGGUAUAGUUUAUCAAGUGUGGGUCAAAGAUUUUUCCUCUUGUUCCCGUGUCACAUACCAAUACAGUUGGAAUUAUUAGACACUAAUUAAACAACUGCAUUUAUGCAAAAUUAGUCUGUGCAUAUAAAGAGCCAGUUUUCACAUGCACAAAACUGGUCCUCCAGCAGUGACCCCCCUUCCCCACAAAAAAAGCAAAAGAUGGGCCACAGGCAUGCAUUUAAAAAUGUUGCUCUUUAAUUAUUUGAAGAGACAUCCCCCGAAAAUAAGCCCUAGCUUAUUUUCAGGGGAUGCUCGUAAUAUAAACCCUACCCCGAAAAUAAGCCCUAAUCGCUAGUUCACUAAUCUAUCCCGAACAUAGAUUCGCAGGACUCCAUUUGUAAGUAAGCUAAUCUAUAUUUGGAAAGGUUUCCCCAAACAUAGAUGCACAGGAUUCCAUGCCCUAGUGAUAUACUCUAUGUUCGGAGGAAUUUCCUCAAAUGUAGACCUGUUUUUUUGCACAUGCUUGCUACCGUUUCCCCUCGAAAAUAAUCCCUAGUGCAUUUUUCUGGGGAAAAAUUUAUAUAAAACGGCACUCUGAAAUGGUAAUGUGUUGGAGUGUAGCAUUAUUACAACGCUGUAACCUUUUAAUAUGGCCAAGUUAACUAGGGCAAAGGUUAGAACUGUGGUUGGGGGUUUUAGGUAUAGUGCCAAAGAUGACUCUGGGUAAACGUGGUAUUUUUAGGGUUAGGGAGGUGAUCUGGGUUAAUGGGUACCAGCCUACACAAUGUUUUUAGCUUAGGUUGUUGUUUGUUGUGUUUUUAGUAUUAGGGGUAGCUUAGGGACCAACCUACACAAUGCAAUUGGCUGUAACUCCUAUAUUUCUCUGCCUGACACCUACGUGAGAGUGAUAGGCCCUGCAUCUUUAACUCUAGGUUUCCCUAUUUUUGCUGCAACGAUACAGGAUUUUUGCAGUGUACCUUUCACUGUGAUGCUUUUCAUAAUUUUAAAAAGAGACCUACAGCAGCGCGGGCGUAUUUUAAUGUGACAAAAUGAAAGCAUUUUUAUGAACCCUUUUAAAAUAUUUAGUUUGUGUUUGGUUCUCCGCUGUUCUGCAGAAUAUAUUUUGAAAGUCAAUAAAGGUGCCUUUAUGUAUUUCUCUUGGUCAUGAGCCAAUUAAAUUCACUUCUAGUUUCCAUAUUACUGUGUGUUCUCAUAACUGCUGAUUAGUGGUUAAUGUUUUACCUUGGGCACCUGCUAGUUUAAGCGCAUUGUCUAUAGUUCACUGUUCAUGACAUUUGUGCCAGUUAAUUAUGUGGAAUUUAAGAGAAAACAGAUGGGCAGGAGAUUUUUUAAAUUAGCAUUUUGUCCAUGCAUUUGCUGUAGAUUAUGUUUGUAGAUAUGUUUGUGUGCAAGGUGCAGUUUUACUUUUUUGGGAGUGGGGGAUGUGCACAUAUCAUCGUCAAGAGUCUGCCAAAACUAUACUGAAAAAAAAUUAAUUAGGGGUGCUGUGACACUGAGAUAGAGUUCAUGUUAAAACCACUGCAAUCAUGAUUGGGUUUUUUUGUGAUCGGUUCUGAAUUCCCCUAAUUCAUUCUCCCCUAGUGUAGAGAUCAUGUAAAUGCUGUGAGUUUACAUGAAAACAAAAAUGCAACCAAAAAACUAAAACCGGGAAUAAUGUCAAAUGUGGAAAGGAAUUACUAUGCCAUUGCGUUCUUCCUGGUAUGUCCUAACAUUCUUAGUGUAUCUAGCUGUAUUCAUGUACUGGUGUAUUGAGGUUCUAUCUUGUGAAAUUGAUAUAUGCUUUUAUUUUUUUUCUGCAGUGUGAUCUGGUUUAUACAUUUUUCCACCCCCUUCCCCGUGACGAGAAAAAUGGCAGUAACACUAUAGCCCAAAGGCCUUCAGGUAAACUUGCAACAGACACAGGUGGAAUAAUGUAAUGCUCUAGGUGGAACAUUAGCUGAGCAUGUGACAGGGGUCCAAAUGAACCCACAUUCAUUACCUCUCACAGCACUUUGUAAAAGACUGCAUGGAAUCUGUUCCUACAAUAUCUCAAACAAAAAUGUUACAUUUCCAAUCAUACAAUGUUUUUCAUAUGGCAGACUGAUCUAACAUUGGAAGCAGUGGCGGAUCCAGAGCCUGAUCUCGGGAGGGGCACUUGUAGAUUAUUUAAAGAAAUAAUCCAGACACAAUAACCACUACAGCUCAGUGUAGUGGUUAUGGUGUCAAUAGUGCCGGGACCCCCUCCCACAGUAAGUAGUCAAACCGUUUAAGAACAGUUUGACAACUUACCUGAGAUCUGCUGGGAAAUGGGGCUGUAGUAGGGCAUAGGAGCAGUGGUGUGUGUGACUGAUGCAAUGUGUAAGGGGUGCAGUGUGUGUGUGAAGGUUGUAGUGUGUGAGUGAGGGCGGCAGUGUAUGUCAGGGAUGCAGUGUAUGUGUGGGACAGUAUGUGUGUGUGUGUAUGGGGGGCAGUGUGUGUGUAUGGGGGGGCAGUGUGUGUGUGUGUAUGGGGGGGCAGUGUGUGUGUAUGGGGGCAGUGUGUGUGUGUGUAUGGGGGAGCAAUGUGUGUGUGUAUGGGGAGCAAUGUGUGUAUGUGGGGCAGUUUAUGUGUAUGGCGGCAGUUUCAGUGUGUGUUGGGGCAGUGUAUAUGUGGGGCAGUGUGUGUAUAAAGGCAGUUUGUGUAUAAAGUGUGUGUAUGGGGGCAGUGUGUGUGUAUGUGGGGGGCAGUGUGUGUGGGUUGGGGGCAGUGUGUGUGUAUGGGGGCAGGUGUGUGUAUAAAGGUGUUUAAUGGGGGCAGUAUGUGUGUAUAGGGGGCAGUUUGUGUGUAUGGGGGGGCAGUUUGUGUGUAUGGGGGGGCAGUUUGUGUGAAUGGGGAGGGCAGUUUGUGUGAAUGGGGGGGCAGUUUGUGUGUAUUGGGGGGGCAGUAUUGGGGGCAAUAUAUAUGUGUGUGUGGAUUUUUUUUAUUAUAUAUAUAUAUUUUUUUUUAUUUAAUUAAAAUAAAUAUUAUCCUAUGUCCCCCCUCCCUUCUUACCUUUACUGGGGAGGAGGGGGGGACAUAUUUCGAUCCCUGGUGGUCCCAGUGGUGAUUCAUUGGUGGUCCAGUGGGGAGAGUGAACUCUAGCCCGCGCUCCCGGGCUAGAGUUCACUCUCGCGAGAUUUGGAGCGUUGCCGUGGUAACCGCGGCAACGCUUCAAAUCUCACGAGAGGAGGACCCGGAGGAGCUGCAGACUGAGCUCCGGGUCCUCCCUUUCACUCCCUCCCGCCGGCCGCCCGCACAGUGCCUGCGGACCGGGAAGGGAGAUCUGUGAUCUCCCUUCCGGUCCACAGGCACAUUGCAGGGCUAGCACCUGCAUGUGCUGGCAGGGGAGGGAGACCGGCGGAAUUCUCGGGGGGGGCAAUUGCCCCGUUGCCCCCCCCCUGGAUCCGCCACUGAUUGGAAGGCAUUUUUCAAAAACCAUACUUGGCUUGGAUGGAACAUAAUUCUAACCACUCUUGCCAUGGAUACAUCUAGUACAAAACAUGUCAAAUACUGUAAUUGUUAAUGGAACACUAUAGGGUCAGGAAAACAAAUCAAUUCCUGAUCCUUUAGUGUUAAAAUCACAAUCUGGCCCCCUAAAUAUUUCACUCUGCUGGUACUCACUCUGCCCAUGAUCUGCCUCAUUGGCUGACAUUAUCAGAAGUGAUGAUCUGAGCCAAUUACAAUGCUCUUGGAUUGCCAAAGAGGUGUGACGGGGCGGAGCCAAAUGCCACCCUAUCCAAUCUCUGUCUAUUCAUAGAGAUGCAAUGAAUCAGUGCAUCUCUAUGAGGAAAGUUUAGUGUCUCCAUGCAGAGGGUGGAGACACUGACUGUGCCCAGGUAGCACCUCUAGUGGCCAGUGGAGGUGUCCCAAGGCUGUAGUGUAAACACUGCCUUUCUCUGUGUUUACUGGAAAAAGACUAACGUUAUACUCACCAGAACAAAUACAAUAAUAAGUGUUUGUAACAAUAAAUCAGUUUUUCCUCAUCUAUUAGACAUCAUUCAUAAUUUGCCUUAGACACUGAAUUGUUUCGUUUUUUUACAAGCAGUAUUUGAUAUUUUUUCUUUCUGGUUUGGUUGUGUUUAGUUUGUAAUAUUCUGUAUGUUUUUCAUAAAAUUUUGAUUUUGUUUUUCAGAUGCAACAUGGGCUGUUCCUGUAGGCACAGUUGGAGGGGAGAUCAAACUCUCAAUAUCAUACAAGCAAAAAAAGCUGUUAAUCAUGGUGAUGCACAUCCGUGGUCUGGUAAUUAUCUAUUUUUAUGUCUUUUAUCCGUCUGGUUCUGUGUUCAUGCAUGUAUUAGUUAAAUAAGGCUUGCUCGUAAAUAUCUAAUUAUACUUUGCUAGAAUAAUAUUCGCAGUUUAGCAAGGAUGGGUUAGAAGAGGCCGUUGUCUAAUUUACAUGCAUAUUUCUAUAUAAUUAUGUAUUUUCUUAUGAUAUACAAAUUUUCAUGCCUAAGUAAGAGUAAAUCAACCUGCUUGCUCUGUUAAUCUCUAAAAGAAGGGCUGAGUGUUUAGAGAAAUCUGAAUUUAAAGCUGCAGGAACUGACUGAUCCAAUUGCAGUUAGUUGUGUAUGUUAAUUUGCUAUUUUUGUGUUUUUGCUAUUAAAAUCUAUCUGGCCUUCAAAUUCUAGUCAGUGGGAAAAAUAUCAAAAACAAAACAAAAGAACUCAAAACAAAAUUAAACUUCAGAUAAAACAUAAUAAUAUAUUUAGUUUUAGCCAGUACAGAAAUGGUGUGCCAUUUUUUUUUUUAAAUAAUUUUUUAUGCUUGGAAAAUUGAGGUCUGGAAAGUACCUGGAACAUUGCUUUUAUUUGUUAGGACAAUGUAUUGCAUUGCUGUUACCUACCACAAAGGGCGUCUUGAAAUGUUCACAUAUAUUUUAAGGCUUUUUUUUUUUUUAAAGUGUGGAUCUAAAUAAUAUGUAAUUCUGAAGCUCUAACUUUUACUUAAGAAUAAAAAGUUUAAAAAUAACAUGCUACAAAUGAUAAUUGAAUCAAACUUUUUUUUUAAUUAAACAGCCUUUGCAGGAUAACAACGAGCCAAAUCCUUAUGUGAAGAUUUACCUCUUGCCCGAUCCACAGAAAACCACAAAAAGGAAAACCAAAGUAGCUCGUAAAACAUGCAACCCAACAUACAAUGAAGCGGUACGUAACUGCUUUAAACACACAAUGCUAAUUUUGCUUCUGAAGUGUGAAUGGAACAUACUGUAUGUACACUCUUCAGCCAAAGAACAAUGUCCAAAUAAGGACAAAAUUAAUGGUGCUAAAGCAUAAUACAGUUUGUAAACACAGUAUAUUUCAAAUAAUACGCCUUGCUUUAUACUUAGCACUAGUUGCUAACACUCUGACUGAACUGUAACAGAAAAGAUGUGAGUAAGUAUAUAUUUCAGUAUUUUUAAAAUGGGAUACAUUGUGAGGCUUAAAGAAAUAAUACCGAUUUUUUUUAAUUUUAUUAUUAUUUAUUUAUUUAUUUAUUUUAUUAUUAUUUACAUUUUUUUUAGUUAAUUUAUUUAUUUUGGUAUUAUGGAUCUGGCGAUCAUAAUUCCUGGCAUGCAAGCCAGCAUACAUACAAUCACAGUAUCAUGGCAGUUUUGUCACAACAGUGAUAACAGUGGAAUGCACAAUCAAAGUAAAGAGAAGUAACAGAAAACAAACAAUCUUGUGAUACUUACGAGUUUACUAUGGUAACUAGAGAAAAGGGUUACUUUACGACUAUUGUUCGUCACAAAGCAUUUCCAGGGGAAUCUGGAAAACCCUUGCCCAGGGUAAUAAAACUGAUUUUAAUGAACAUAUAUCCUAUGAUGAAAAAAAACUAUUUGACAGAUCUUAACUGAUCAUAUGUUAGAGUUCCAAUGUAAAUGAUGCUGUUUGCUAUUUGUUCCCAGGUUUCUAAAAUUAGUCCAUGUGUGGUUUAAUUCAGCAAUCCAAGCUGUAAAUGCAAACAACAGUCUCUGUCCUGCUUUUCUCCCACUGAAUUAUCAGGAUGUUUACUUAUCGUAUAUGAAAAAAUAAUUUUUAAGUAGUUACUAAAAUAUAUGUACAAUGAACAAUUUAAAUAAGCGGUUUCUCAUUUACACCUUUUAAUGACGUGGAAUAUCUCAGUUGAUCUAACUUAUUGUCAGUGUAAGCUUUAUAAGUCAGUAUCUGCCUUUGAAAUGUGAAAUAACUUGCCCAAUUUACUAUGUAAUUUAGUAGCAUUACAUAUGUUCACUACUUAAAGCGUUACACCAAUCACCAUGACCACCUAAUUAAUUUGAAGUGGUCAUGGUGGUAGGAGCCUGGAUAUGCACUAUUUCUGCUUAAAACACUGCACAUCCAGAGUAAUUAGCACUUUUGUGCCCUGAGCAAGUUGCACCCCCAGCACACGUGAUGUCAAUUCUGUGCAUAUUUUAAAUAUAUUGCCAGCUCACAUUGCAUGAUGGCAACAGACAUAAAAAUCUUCGUCAUUGCAGGCAAAGCUUGUUAUCCCCUCUCACUGGGCGCUCCCUCCAUCACUUAGAUAGGGUUUUGUUUUUCUUUUGCUUUUACAAUUUCCCUCCCCUCGUCGGCUUAGAAUGCAUUCUGACACAAAACAAAAUGCCAUACUCUAAAACAUGGUUAUAGAGAAUUUUAUGUUCUCUAAUUUUUACAAAACAAAAUUGUUACCUGCACACUAUCCUAAAAAAAAACAUUGUACCUAUUGUACCUAUUACAGCAAUUGCCAUUAAACUGGUGGCUAACCUGACAAUGUCAAAGCAAAAACUUGUUAUGUUACUUACUAAUCUCAGAUAAUAUUUUGUGUUUCUUAUGGGCUUUUUUUUUUCUUUCUUCUAAACUAUCCUAAACAUAAUUACAGUUGGUAUAUGAAGGAAUUCCUGAAGGAGAUCUACAACAAUGUGAAAUUCGACUUUCUGUGCUGAGUGAGGAAGGCUUCUUUGAAAAUAUUCUGCUUGGAGAAGUCCGUAUCCGCUUAAGAGAUUUGGAUCUCAGUUGUGAAAAGAAAUGCUGGUUUCAGUUGGGUUCUCACAGCCAAGCAACUAUUUAA